CCCGGCCCGGGCGCAGCGGUCGCGGCAGCCUGAGGGCGUCAGGCCGCGAGCCCCGCGGCGGCGCGGGGCGCCAGCAGCCGCAGCGCUGCACGGGCGAGCAAGCGGGAGAUGCCGAAGCUGCGCGGGGAAGCCUUCUGGAGGGAGACGCUGCGGAGCGCCCACUACGUGGUGGCGCCCAUGGUGGACCAGAGCGAGCUGGCCUGGAGGCUGCUGAGCCGCCGCCACGGCGCCCAGCUCUGCUACACACCGAUGCUGCACGCCCAGGUCUUCCUCAGGGACGCCAACUACCGCCGCGAGAACCUCUACGGCGAGGCCUGUCCUGAGGACCGGCCGCUCAUCGUGCAGUUCUGUGCCAAUGAUCCUGAAGUGUUUGUCCAAGCAGCACUGUUGGCUCAGGAUUACUGUGAUGCCAUAGACCUAAAUUUGGGUUGCCCUCAAAUGAUUGCAAAGAGAGGUCACUAUGGAGCAUUUCUGCAAGAGGAGUGGGAUCUUCUUCAGAGAAUGAUUUUACUGGCUAACGAGAAGCUCUCUGUUCCCAUCACAUGCAAAAUCCGCGUUUUCCCAGACAUUGACAAGACAGUGAAGUACGCACAGAUGCUGGAGAAAGCUGGCUGCCAGACAGAGCAAACAGGAUGCAGACAGAUCCUGUGUGUUUGCAGUCCCAGGCUGCAGCUGCUGACUGUGCACGGCCGUACUAAAGAACAGAAAGGACCACUUGCUGGCGUGGCAUCUUGGGAGCACAUUCAAGCUGUAAGAAAAGCUGUAAACAUUCCUGUAUUUGCAAAUGGAAACAUUCAGUGUCUCAGCGAUGUGGAAGAAUGCAUCCGUAAGACAGGAGUACAUGGUGUCAUGAGUGCAGAAGGUAAUCUUCAUAACCCAGCUUUGUUUGAGGGCCGGAACCCAUUGGUGUGGGAGAUGGCUGAGGAGUAUCUGGAGAUAGUGCGGAAGUACCCAUGUCCAUUGUCUUAUGUUAGGGCUCAUCUCUUCAAGCUCUGGCAUCACACGCUUCAAGUUUACCAGCAGCUGCGUGAAGAAUUAGCAAAAGUGAAGACUCUAGAGGGCAUUGUAGAUGUCAACAGGGAGCUGAAACUGCGAUGCCAGGAAGAAAUAGCUAAUCAGAAAGAAGGAGAAAAGCCAAAAGAAGGGUUGCCUUUUUUCCACUGGAUCUGUCAGCCAUACAUCAGGCCAGGGCCAAAGGAGAGAUGCAGGGAGAAUGGAGAUAGUGGAACAGAAAAAGGUGUGCGGGGAAAACGUGCUCUGGAAGAAGAGGAAGAUGGAAAUUCUGAGCUUCUGUCAAAGAAUAAACAAAAAAAGAAGUUAAGAAAUCCAAAUAAAAGCUUUGAUCCAUCUUUAAAACCCAAGUAUGCAAAAUGUGAUCAAUGUGGAAACCCUAAGGGCACGAAAUGUGUGUUUAACAUGUGCCGAGGAUGCUGUAAGAAAAGGGCAUUCAAGGAGGUAGCAGAUUGUCCAGGUCAUGGAUUACUUUUUAAGACCAAGUAUGAAAAAUCCCUUUCAUGGCAGCACAGUCAAAGAGGAAUUCAAACCCCAGAGAUCAGUCAGAGAGGAGAUGCAGAGGUGGGGGAGACAGCAGUGCUGAAGGAGGCUGGUGACAGUACAGGGUGAAGCUUUGGAACAGUCCAAGAGCUCCUGCCAGACCACUACACUACUUCCCUGGGCCAAAGAAUGUGUCAUCUCCAGCUCACUGUUAGCUGUUUGAACUUCUUCCACAUGAUUAAGUUCUGGAAAAGUUUUAUUUAAGUAAAAAAACUGCUUACUCAGGGAAUUAUCCUGCAUUUGAAAUAAAAGAGAUGCAAUUAAAUGUCUAAUACUGUA